UAAGUUUAAUAUACAUUAAGUGCAAAUCCAGAAACACCAUGUUGCUCAAAAAGUGCAACUUUUACACUUGGGUGGGUUUUUUUUUUAUUCAAUUUAAUUCAGCGCUACUGUGUCUUUACUGAGUUGCAUGAAACUAGUGAAGGAUUGGACAGUGGGAUACAAAAAUAAAACCGCUUUUCAAUACGUUGCUCUUUAAAAACUGCCCCAAAAUACACAUGAUACAUACAAUUCCUGUGACUGACUACACAUCAGUAUAACAAGGAAGUAAUAAUAAAAGUAUUACAAUAAAUAAUGCUUAGAACACUAUGUAAUGUACUCAAGGGAGCCAGUUUUGCUUUUAUUUUCAAUAGCAGGAAACAUUCACUAUGAAUUUUUAUGUCUUUUUUUAAGACCUUUUACAUCUCCACUGCAGGUAGUUGAAGCAGGACAGUUAAAGUCAAAAUAAGUGCUAAUAUACGUUUUUUGUUUAAAAUAUUUUGUAUUAUCACUACUACAUAUGGCAUUAUAUAAUUUUUGACAUUUUUUUCAGUGUCGUCUCAGAGCCUACAGAGGGUAGCCGAGGUUCAGUUUCAAGGGUCACUUGUAAACCCUUUCCCUCUUAGCUUACAAACACACACACAGCUACACUCACACACCCCUCUUGUAUCCAGUAAUAUGCUUCACACCUUCCUUCCGUUCAGUAUGGAACGGUCAGGGAAUUAGCCGUCUUGUGCUCGCGCAAUAAGCCAGGGGUUGCGGGAGCGCGCGCGGAUUGUCCACCAUCUCAGCCCCUCAGGCUGUGCAAAUCGCGCGUCUUGUCAAUCAUCUCCCUGGCGAAGACCUGAUCCUCCGCGAGUACUGAGGGAUGAAACGGAAACGAAUGUAUGCCCUUAACCACAGCAAUGAGUGAGUCAUCGUCCUUUCACUCACAGAAGCUUAUUUCAUUGGCCCGAUCACUGUCUGGGCUCGGACUUGACGCCGCAAAUGGAGGCCCUGUCAACCUCGAUGACAAUGACGAGCCUCCACCUCCGGAGUCUGGCAUUGAGCUUGGCCCUGGGCUUUUUUUUGCUGAUGGCAAGAGGAAAGUGGACUACGUGCUUUGCUACAAAUACAAAAAAAGGAGAACAUCAAAGUCGCGUCUUUCCCUUUCAUCUAACGGGAGUCUACCGAUACCUAUACCAAUGCCAAUCCCGAUACAAGGUCGAUGGGAAGCGGAAGCAGAGUCUGGGGAGCCGGGAGCUCAUGCGGGAGACGCGGAAGAGUCUAAGCUUACUGAGGAGGAAAAAGCUUUAAUGAGGGAGGAGUUUGAAGCAGGCCUGCUGGAGGCUGGGCUACAGAUUGAGCGUGAUAAGGAGAGGUCAAACGGCAUGGGGUUUAUUCGACUGCACAUCCCAUGGUCAAUACUGAGCCGAGAAGCGGAGCUGCAGAAGAUCAAAGUCGCGGUAAAAAAGAAAUGUGAAUUGCGGAAACGGACAGGGAUUGCUGGGAUGUGGGAUUCUGUUGCCACUAAAAUCAACACACCGUUUCAGCCGGACGUCCCUGAUUUUGACAUCCAGAGGGACUCCCAGACACGCGUCAAUUUUAAAACCCUCAAACACCCUUUUAUCAGAGACAAACUCCAUCUCUAUGACAUCAAGUCAACAGAGACUCUGUUUGACAAUGCGACGCGGAGCAGAAUAGUAGCUGAGAUUAUUUCACGUACUACUUGCAGACACUCUUGCCAAACUACCGGCAUCAACUCUUUACUGGCUCGGGGUGUCUAUGUUGCUGCUUUCCCUCUGCAUGACGGGUCAUUCACAAGGAGAGGACGGAAAGAUCAGAGAAAUGAUAGACAGCUCCUCCAUGAAGAAUGGGCUAACUAUGGAGUCAUGCAUAAAUACCAGCCUGUAGAUCUUAUCAGGAAGUACUUUGGAGAACAGAUUGGGUUGUAUUUUGCAUGGCUGGGUGUUUAUACUCAGCUCCUCAUCCCUCCUUCAGUACUGGGCAUCAUUGUCUUCCUAUACGGCAUACUUACUGUGGAUACCAAUGUGCCAAGUCAGGAGACGUGUAAUGACAGCUUGAACAUCACCAUGUGUCCACUUUGUGAUGGCGUGUGCGACUACUGGCGUCUGAGUUCGGUGUGCUCAUUGGCCCGAGCUUCAUACCUGUUUGACAAUGGAGCCACUGUCCUCUUUGCUAUUUUCAUGUCUCUGUGGGCUGCAUGGUUUCUUGAGCACUGGAAAAGGCGGCAGAUGUAUCUGAAACAUACGUGGGACCUGACGAGCCUCGAGGAUGAGGAGGAGCGAGUCCAGGAGGAGCUGAGACCUGAAUAUGAAGAAGCACUGCAGGAGAAAAAAGCCAAGAUGAAAGCACAGUCUGCAAAAAAGAUGACUCAGUCUGGGGACGGUAGAGAUGGAGAAACAGACCAGAUGCUGGCCUACCAGCAAGAGCCCGAGUCACUGGACAUAGAGGAUCACAUGCCAGGUUAUCUCAUCAAUAUUUCCACCUUACUACUGCUGAUAUUCAUCACCUUCUCAGCGGUGUUCGGGGUGGCAGUUUACCGCAUCUGCAUGCUGAGUGUGUGGUCCAUGAACCCUGAUCCGGAGGCCAAGGCCAGCGUUAGGAUGACAGUCACAACCACAGGCAUCAUCCUCAACAUGCUGGUUGUUCUGGUGUUGGAAGAGGUCUACGGAGCGAUCGCCGUGUGGCUAACUGAGCUUGAACUUCCAAAGACAACGGAGGAGUUUGAAGAGAGACUAAUAUUCAAGUCCUUCUUCCUCAAAUCCAUGAACGCCUUUGCACCAAUUUUCUAUGUGGCCUUCUUCAAGGGCAGGUUUGCUGGGCGGCCUGGCGAUUAUGUUUAUGUCUUUGGAGACUAUCGCAUGGAGGAGUGUGCCCCUCCUGGCUGCCUCAUUGAGCUGUGCAUCCAGCUCAGCAUGAUCAUGCUCGGAAAACAACUCAUCCAAAACAAUGUGUUUGAGAUACUCGUACCUAAGUUGAAAAAGAUGUACAGAACAAUACAGGAACAAAAAGGAAAGAAUAGAGGAGCAGAAGAUGAGGACAGUGAAACAGAGGAGAAGCGACCGAAACAGCAGUUUGACAAGGAUUUCACCCUCGAACCGUUUGAAGGUGUCAGUCCAGAAUACAUGGAAAUGAUAAUCCAGUAUGGGUUUGUGACUCUGUUUGUGGCCUCCUUCCCGCUGGCACCAGCGUUUGCGCUGCUCAACAAUGUCAUCGAGAUUCGCCUCGACGCUGCAAAAUUUGUCACCGAAAUCCGGCGUCCCGAUGCUGUGAGGUGCAAAGACAUAGGGAUUUGGUACAACAUCCUUUGUGGAAUCAGCAAAUUCUCUGUCAUCACCAAUGCAUUUGUCAUCUCCUUCACAUCAGAGUUUGUUCCACGAAUGGUUUACCAGUACAUGUACAGCGCUAAUGGCACCAUGAGCGGAUACACGGAGCACUCGCUGUCCUACUUCGAUGUCAGCAACUUCCCCUCUGGCACAGCGCCAAACACCACCCUUAUCACUGGAGUAUCCAUGUGCAGGUAUAAAGACUACAGAGAUCCUCCGUGGGCAACAGAUUCAUACACCUUCUCUAAACAGUACUGGUCUGUCCUGGCUGCAAAACUGGCCUUCGUAAUUUUCUUCCAGAACCUUGCCAUGUUCCUCAGCAUGUUAGUUGCCUGGAUGAUCCCAGAUGUACCACGAUCUCUGCGGGAACAGCUGAAGAAAGAGAACAUGUUGCUGAUGGAGUUUCUGCUGACUCAAGACCAAGAAGCACGUGCCAAAACUCACUCCACAAAACCCUCAGCCCCCUAUUUCCCCACCAACAUAGACAUUGUGGUGGAGGCACCACCAGAAAAUCAAGAAGAAGUACAAGUGGAGGAAGAGGAAGUGGUGGGGGUUGAGAUCAAUUUGGAUGCAAGGAGCAGAGAUAGUGACAGUGAUCCAGAGAUUGGAAAUGUAUUGGUAGAAGGUGGAGUAAAUGGUCUAGAAGAGCGAGGAGAUGAAGGUGAAGAGGAAAACAGAGAGGCCGAAGGAACAGAAAAGGAAGGAGAAGGAGAUGUUAAGGAGGAGGAUGGGAAGGAAGAAGGUGGAAAGGAAGAGUUUGAGCAAGAGGAAAGUGAUGAAAAAGAGAAAGGAGGGCAGAGAACAAAUGAAGAUGAAGCAAAGGAAGUUGAGAAUGAAAAUUUUACUGUAGAUCUGGACGUCUUCAUGAGUGAGCUGGGCCUCUUAGAUGAAGAACCCUCAUCGGGCACAAUUAAAGAUAUGGAGCUUCCCCGCUCAGGCUCCAAACAAGAAUGCCAGAAAGAUGCUGAACCUCUGUCACAUUCAUCGUGUAAAAGAGGAUCAUCCCAGAGUCUGAAGAUCUCCACGGAAGGGAUUACAACAACAGAUGAUGAAACUAAGAGCUUCUCAUUAAUUGCACCUCCUCCCAGAGAGCCAGGCUCAAAGGCCAAGGCCCGAUGCUCCACCCUGCCUUCUCGCCACAGAGGGGCUGAGGCUUGCUACAGCCUGCCAAGGCCCAGCCACUCCACCAGCCUCACCAGGUUCCAGCAGAAGUCCACACUUAUUCCCCUGGUUUCCCUGGACCCUUCAUCAUCAGCUUCGCCCAGCCCAUUAUCUCCCACACACACACAGGCAUCCGCAUCAUCUACACAGCCUCUACUUGCCCAACAGCACAAAGCCUCAACUGAACUGUUUGUGCUGAAAGGCCCUCCACCCCAACAGCCACGCUCCAGGGCCAAAGCCCGGUGCUUAACCCUGCCUCCAAGACAAAGAGCACAGGGUCCUGAGGAGCACUCUAAAAAGCCUAGCCAUUCCACCAGCUUUACAAAGCUGGAAGACCGUAUCCCGCCUUCCCCCAGUGAACUGAAGCGCAACAGACCAGUAUGAGGAGAGCUGCAAGUCGAAGUGGAAGAAUAGGAGGGUGGAGGAGGGAGGGAGAGGACUAUUCAGAUAACCUUCUCCUGUCUGUGCCUGGAGGUACACCCUUCAGUCCCCACUGCAUAUACCUGUGGUGAUAAAAAGGAGUUUCAUCAAUGGAAACUCCUUUUUAUCAUGUUACUCCUCAUUAUACUGCUCAGUGGUUAAAGGCUAAACCUAACAAUGGGGGUGCUGGGCAAUUCAGAGAAAGACUGCUCUGAAAGUCUCCUUGCUAUGACCUGUGAAAAAAAACCACUGGACCGUAUUCUGUUUUAUUUCUGUGUAUAUUUUUUGGGCUGUUCUUUUUUGCCUACACUCACAUCUCAGUAGCCAAUGCUCCUCUGUUACUUCCAGUCCAACACAUGCAGCAGUGCUGCCUUGUAGGCCAGCUGAAGAUGAAAUUGUAUUCAUUGCAGCUAGAAUCAGCACGUGUGCUUUUAGAUUUACAUUUAUCUUUAGAUGUUUUGAUAUAUAAACACAUGAACUUAUAAUAAAAGACCCCCAUGUUUUUCAUGUUUGUUCUUCAUUGUAAAGUUGUGUAGCCUCAAAGCUCUCCUUUGUAUGUUUGUGUCCUUUGUUUCAUUCUCUGGUAAGAUAAUCCCACACUGCUUCAAUGCUCUGGGGAGGCCAAUCUAUGACUGAUAGUGCCUCGCGGUGUGUUUUUACUUCACUGGCAGUGUGUGCACACCAUGCCAAAAUGUUUUUGUUUUUUAUUAUUAUUGUAGAGUCAACUUAAGAAAACCUGGAGAACUAUUGCUCAAGACCUCUUUAAAGAAAUAUGAGAGAAUCUGGCUCCUUGGAAGCAAAAUGUAAAUAAGUGAGGGGUGUUUAAGACUUUUCGCACAGUUUUGUAUGAAUCAUAUAGUGGUUUACAUGUUGACCUAACAAGAUUUUAUUCCUGGGAGGAGACACAAAUCUCUUUGAUGUUGUGUCAGGAAGGGCAAAAUAAAUAAACAGAUCAAAAUCAAAAUAUACCCACUGAAAUAUAAUAGUUACCUGCUAUGACGAAUAAAAAAGCAGCUUGUUCUUCUCUGAGAAAGCAAACUGAACAAAAGUGUUCAGCAGACCCAUCACUACAUUUAUAACACGUCACUCAUGUACAGUAUAUUGACAAGCAGGUCCAUGUAUUAUGUUGUCUCUAUCGCCACCUUCUGGUGUAUGUUGAAACAAAACUAUCUACUGUUCUACAUUUUAUUAAGGAUGCUUUAGUAACGAGUUGCUUUAUGUUCACUUUUAUUUUUUCAACAUCUGAAGCUUGACAUUGUCAGUGGGAAAUCACAAAAAUAAUCACUAGACUGCUUUAAUAAGUUCCUUGAAAUUAUUACUUUUAUUUCCGCACAGAAAACUGAAAAAGGAAAUACUUUCUGUUAACCAAAACCAAGUCCAAGGUCAUCUCAUUUGUAUUAAUAAGUUUGUUAUCAACCCAGUUAGCUAUGUAUACAGAGUGAUGUUUCACUCUCUUUGUGUGUCAGUUGCUUUUCUGCCCUGGCUCCUCCUCCCCUGCCCUGCCAAUGAAUGGGACCUUUGUGGGGGUUUUCCUGGCAUUCCAAGGGAAUUCUUUUGCAGGUGAGGGGACGCAAAUACUCCCACCCUCUGACUCUUGCAGCUUACAAGUCAACAUGCAAAUAUGCUCCAAGGUGUUUGCAGUGCUCAGCUGUGCUAAUCUCAAAAGACUUGCAGCAACUACAAGGGUGUGAUCACAAGAGCAGACAAAGUGGGAGGGAAGGAUCCCAUUCAGAAUGGCUUUACAAUAGCAGGAAGAGGGAUCGUCUAGGAUCACAGGACAGUGUUGUUACCUGGUGUGGAUAAGAGGAGUACCACUGAGUUGUAUGAGUAACAGACUGGCAGAGGAAAACACCAGACAC